UGCCUGCCCCGGCGGCGGCGGCGGCGGCGGCUGCGGCGGCGGGGCCGGGCCGGGAUGCGGCGGGGCCGGCACCGGGCGCAGGAUGCGCUGCGGGGCGCUGGCGCUGCUCUGCGCCCUCCUGCCCCUCUGCCCGGCGGGGCUGAACCCCCCCGAGCCGGGAUCCGGGCUGCACGCAGAUGAAGUGAACUUGCUGGACAAAAUUACUUCGCACGCGCAGGACCUCAGCAAUAUUUCCUUUGGCUAUGACGAAGCCAACUGCAGCGUCCUGGAGAUCGGGCAGUACGCCACCCUCAACAUCCCCACGAGGGAGGCGUUUGGGGACAGGUUUGCAGAUGAGCUGAGUGUGCUGAUGAAGCUCAGGUACUCGCUGAAGGAGGACACCAGUCUAGUGACCAUCCUUAGCCAUCGGAGCCACGUGAUCUUCCAGAUCAGGAUUAACCCAUAUGCCUUGGUCUUUGUCACCACGAGGAGGAGACACUAUGAGUUCCCAGUUUCCUUUCUCGGCGAUGGGCGCUGGCACCAAGUUGCUCUCAGCAUCUCCCUGGAGAGGCUGGAGUUGCACGUGGACUGUCGGCUGGUGGACAGAGUGAGCUGGUCCAAUUAUUUCGGGAUGGGAGUGAACACCGAGGGGCUGAUCAUCAUCGGAGGCCUGAUCGAAUCCUUCGAGAUCCCCUUUAAGGGUGCUCUACAGCAACUGACCUUUGUGAUGGGAGACCCAGCGGCCGCCGGCGAGCACUGCCGCAGCUACAACUCGACAUGCACACGCUCCUUCAACCUCAACCGCUUCGGUUCCCUGUGGCAGCUUUCACCAGCCUGGCCAGAGGUACCAAAAGAAACCAAUGAAAUCCAGGACUCGUCUGCUCAGGACUCCAGACUCACCAGUUCAGAUUUGACCCUGGGGCCGCCUUGGACGUGGGAGGAUGCCCAGGAGACCCUCAACCCCCAGCCUGAUGGGAGCACCCUGAAUUCACUCUCUGCCACCGAGAUGUCGUCGGCUGAGGAAGAGGAGGGCAGCCUUUCUAUUGAGGAUGAAGGCUUUGAGCUGUUGAACUCCACCUACAAUAAAAUCACAGGCCCCGGCAGGCCAGGGUUUGGCUGGAGAAGCCCAUGGGUCCCUGGUAGCUCCAGUCCCUCCAUCAAAACACAGCGAGCAGCCAAGAAGGAGCGUGCCUCUGACCCCCGGGAGGAGAACGUCACCACGGAGAAGCUGACGGGUGAUGCGGGCACCCGGCGGCAGCUCUCGCCUGGCAAACCCGGCGAUGCCAUCACUGACCUGGACGCACCUGCCACCUUCGCCAAGGUCUCCCCAUCAGGACAUCAGGCAGCCAUCCCCAAAGGUCCCCUGGGGACGGAGUCAGCGGUGGAUGUCCCAGACCAUCCGCUGGUAGCACCCAGCCCUGCUGUCCCAGGGCUUGGGGACAACAUUGCCCACCCGGAGCACCCCAUCUCACCGGUGGCACACGUGCAGCAGGGUCGUGCGAAGCCGGGGCCACCGGGGCUGCCGGGACCACCAGGGCUGCCGGGCUGUCCUGGGAGACGUGGACUGGUGGGACCCAAAGGAGACAAAGGGUACCCUGGAGCCAUGGGGCGGACGGGCCCCCCGGGUGACCCAGGCCCUGUGGGCAUCCCCGGUGUCCCCACCAUCGUCCUCUGGAGAAACUCCAGGGAGGAUUGGCAGAUGUUCACGCAAUCAUCGUUUUACCAGCUUCUCCAUGCAGGCUGGCCGAGAAAACCCGGCGCGCCCGGGCCCCCAGGACAUCCAGGGAAGGCAGGAGCACCUGGACCCUGCGGGGAGCCGGGGGAGCCGGGGCAGAAAGGCCAGCGGGGGUACACGGGUGAACCGGGGCUCCAGGGCCUGCCGGGACGUGUGGGUUACCCCGGUUCAGAUGGCUUCCCUGGCCUGGAUGGCAAACCUGGGCCAUGGGGGCUGCCGGGAGAGCAGGGACUGCAGGGCUUCCAGGGGGACCGGGGGCUGGCUGGCGAGAAGGGAGAAGAGGGUUUCUUGGGUGACCCUGGACCAGUUGGGGAGAAAGGAGAGAAGGGAGCGAAGGGGGUGAAGGGUGAAAAUGGCCUGCCAGGUCCUGCUGGGCUUCACGGGAUGCCGGGUCUGAAGGGUGCGACAGGCUUCCAGGGCCCCAUGGGGCUGGAGGGAGAAGGUGGCUCAGUGGGUCCCCCGGGCCCUGCCGGCCCCAUGGGAGAGCCGGGCCAGCCGGGAUCUGUUGGAUGCCAAGGUGUCAACGGCUCUCAGGGAGAAAUGGGUCCUCCUGGCUUGCCCGGUCCCCGAGGCCCCAAGGGACCGCAGGGCUUGCAGGGGAGACGCGGCCCCCCCGGCCUCAGGGGCACGCAGGGUCCAGCUGGGAUGGACGGAUGCGUUGGUCCCAAAGGAGACACCGGCGCAGACGGGGCCCCCGGGCUGAGGGGACAGCUGGGACAGGAGGGCCCUGGGGGGUUUAUUGGCCUGCCAGGCUCAAAAGGCACCCAAGGAGAGCGGGGCUGUCGAGGUCCAGCUGGAGCCAAGGGAGACCUGGGAGCCAAAGGAGACAAGGGUCCAUACGGAGCGCAAGGAGCUAAAGGGCCCCCAGGGAUUCGGGGCCAGGUCGGCUUACAGGGCUUUCCCGGCCCCCGAGGAGCGGCGGGACCUCAGGGACCAGAUGGAGAAGAAGGCCAGAUCGGCCCGGUGGGGCUGAACAGCAGCGAGGGACCGAAGGGAUGCCGAGGACCUGAUGGCCCGAAGGGAAGCCCAGGACCGCGGGGAGCCCGGGGCCGUGUGGGUCAGCGCGGGCUGGUUGGAGUCCCUGGGCUGCCCGGCUUGCGGGGCGUCCUGGGAGUGGAAGGUGCAGAAGGAAAGCCUGGUACACAGGGUUCCCCAGGGACCAUGGGCAGCCCAGGCAGGAGGGGACAACUGGGUUUUGCCGGCUUGGAGGGGGACCGCGGGCACGCAGGACCUCCGGGAUCGAUAGGCUCUCUGGGAAAACCUGGACCUGAUGGAGACCCAGGUUCCCCCGGCCCAAAGGGGCUGCCUGGGAAGCCUGGAUCCGAGGGGCCGCAAGGACCUGUUGGCACCUAUGGCUACCCGGGACCUGCCGGCGACCGCGGGAGGCCGGGGCGCAGAGGAGACAAGGGAGAAAUGGGAACCCAAGGCCCACCGGGAUUUCCAGGAAAAGCCGGUCCCAAGGCCCUGCCAGGUCCCCCGGGUCCACGAGGUGCUCCCGGCUCCCAGGGCAGAGCAGGAGACCCGGGUCCUCGAGGGCUUCCAGGGCUGCCUGGUGUUCCUGGCGUGCGGGGGCUGGAUGGCAUCCCAGGAAAGCCUGGCUCGACAGGAGAAACAGGGGCUCCCGGAGCGGCUGGUGCUGCUGGCCCGCCUGGGUACCCGGGCCGAGAAGGUCCAAAUGGACCUGAAGGGCCUUCGGGGAUGAGAGGAGAGAAGGGUGAUGCGGGAGAUCCCGGGGAAGUCGGCGUCAGCGGGCUGGAUGGAGAGCAGGGACCGCCGGGACCACCGGGAGCAGAGGGUCAGCCGGGGCCCAAAGGCGAGCAGGGAGAGGCGGGAACCUGCGGAGCUCCCGGCAUCAGAGGGGACCCCGGGGAUCCUGGGGACGACGGGCCAGAAGGGCCACCGGGGAGGCGCGGGGAGGAAGGGAAGGAGGGUGAUGUUGGUGAUGCUGGAGACCCAGGGGAGCCAGGACCGCAGGGGCAGAAGGGUGACGCUGGUCCCAGGGGCCUUCCCGGAGCGCCUGGCCCGGGAGCUGCUACGGGGGAACUUGGAGAAAAAGGCCAUAAAGGAGAGAAGGGGCAAGAAGGUUUGCUGGGCCAGGUCGGUGUCACUGGAGCUGUGGGACCUGCCGGAGCCAGAGGAUGGUUUGGUGGGACGGGUCUCCGAGGUCCUCCUGGGCUUGACGGUCCCGAGGGAGCGAAGGGAGAUCCAGGGCCACGAGGCAUGGAUGGAUCUGCUGGUGCUGCAGGAUUAGAGGGACUCGCUGGAGAUGAUGGACUCAAGGGAGAUGGUGGCAAGCCCGGCCCGGCGGGCGCAGCGGGUGCCCGGGGACCAGCGGGCAUCCCCGGGCUCCGGGGUUUCACCGGGCACAAAGGAGCCAGAGGAACCGUGGGCACCAAGGGAGAACCGGGCCGGCAGGGUCUUCUCGGGCCACCGGGCGAAGCUGGACCCACGGGCCCGAGCGGCACUGAGGGCCUGGCGGGUGCGAAAGGGGAGCCGGGCAAGCUGGGAAAACCGGGGCAAACGGGGUCUCCGGGACAAGCCGGUCCUAGAGGGCGGAAAGGUCGCAAAGGAGAAAAGGGCGAUGUGGGGCACAAAGGGGAAGAAGGGAUCCCCGGAGAAGCUGGCAGACGGGGCAAGCGAGGCAAGGCGGGCCACCGGCCCCCGAGAGGUCCCCGAGGACCCAAGGGCUACCCAGGUGACGAGGGGCUGGAAGGACCCCAGGGCCCCCAGGGACCCUACGGCAUCCCGGGGCUGAAGGGCAUGAAAGGAGACCCUGGACCCAAAGGACACAAGGGCGAGAAGGGCAGCGUGGGCGACCUGGGCCAGCAAGGGGAUGAUGGCUUCAAGGGCAAGCCGGGACCCCACGGUGUCCCUGGGAGGACAGGACCCAAGGGACAGCAGGGUGACACCGGUCCCCCCGGCCCGCGGGGACACCCUGGCAUCCCUGGGACACCGGGUUUGUCUGGACCCAAAGGGCUAAAAGGCUUCCCGGGGCUGCCGGGACCCAGGGGCACACCGGGACUGCCGGGUCUCGCCGGCCCCCCUGGUCCCCGUGGGCCCGCACUGAUGCUGUCCCAGGAGGACCUGCGGGUGAGUGCAAUGGAGAAGCGAUGCUGCGCGGGGAUGAGGGGUUUCCAUCCCCGAUUCCGUGGGUGCCACCCCAGGGGAAGGGCUGACAGCGAUGCUGUCCCAUGUCCCCCUCCUCCUGAGGUCCUCUGUGCACAACCUCCUUGCGCAAAGAGCAAGCAGAUACGGUUAAUCCCUCUCCCGCCACGCUUGCCCUUGUCCUUCCAUCCCUUCCCUGACCACCUGAUGAUGCUCCGGGCUAAUAUCAGCUUGGUUAUAUCCCCCCGUUUUGUUUUGUUUUUUUGUUUUUGUUUUUUUUUUAUUUUUUCUCUUUUAGCACCUAAUUUAUCCCUCCAACCACCUGAAUUACACCGCGGUCUGGACUCUGCUGGACACCCUGAGCCAGGAGCUGCAAGCCCUCAUCCAGCAUCCCAACGGCACCAAAACCAACCCGGCGGCCACCUGCAAGGAGCUGCUGCUGGCUCAUCCCAACCUUCCCGACGGUCAAUACUACAUCGACCCCAAUCAAGGCAGCCCCCAGGACGCGUUGGUGGCCUUCUGCAACUUCACGGCGGGGGGCGAGACCUGCAUAGCCCCCGUCCGCAACCAGGUCCCCAUCAAAGCUUGGCUGAGCGCCUACACCUCCGAGGACACCUUCGAGUGGUUCAGUGCCCUGCCUGGGGGCUUCCUGCUGGAGUACGGGGGGGCCAGCCCGGUGCAGCUGCGCUUCCUGCGCCUGCACAGCCGCCUGGCCACCCAGAAGGUCUCCUACUCCUGCAGACCGGCCCCCGAGCAGGGCCAGCCCCAGCCGGAGAAGGAAAUCCGCUUCCUUGCCGACUCCCGGGAGCAGAGCUAUGCAGCCAGCCUGCACGGCUGCGUGCUGGACAACGAGUCCUCCAUCACCGACACCAUCUUCCAGUUCGCCACCGAGGAGCUCUCCCUGCUGCCCCUGCGGGACCUGGCCGUCUUCCACAACGGUGACACCUCCCACCAGUUUGGUUUCACAGUCGGACCAGUUUGCUUCAGCUGAAACCGGUGACACCCAAACCGAGCUGGCCGCUUCCGCCCCCACCCGAGAACUGUCCCCUUGGGGACGUGGGGGGAGGCUGGGGGGUGGCACGGGGCUGCCACCCGCUCCCCGGAGCUGCCAGUCCCCUCUCUUUGAGACACGUGUUUGUAGCUGCAUUACGCCACGGACUACACUUCCUUCUGGAGUAGAAGAAUAUUGUUUACAAAAGUCAUUUCUCUAUAAAUUAUAUAUA